CUAGUGUUUUUGCCUCACUAGGGACUUGAGACCUCAGGAUUCUGAAUCCACUUCAUUCAGUACUAGGCUACACCUUGGGUGCCAUAAAGAUCUGAUUUUUAACACCAAAUGUUUUAGUUUGGGGAUUGCUGCAUAUAUCAGUUUAACAAAAUGUUUGAAAUUUCAGAUGUAUGCAUUGUGGGUGUUGCUCGAACGCCUAUGGGUGGUUUCCUUGGUUCUCUCUCGUCUUUGUCUGCUACAGAGCUUGGUUCUUUAGCAAUCCGAGCUGCUCUUAAGAGAGCAAAUGUAGACCCGUCCCUUGUUCAAGAAGUUUUCUUUGGAAAUGUUCUCAGUGCAAACUUAGGUCAAGCCCCUGCUAGACAGGCUGCCUUAGGAGCUGGUUUACCUAAUUCAGUGAUUUGCACGACCAUUAACAAAGUGUGUUCUUCAGGACUUAAAGCUACAAUGAUUGCAGCACAGACUAUACAAUCAGGAACCAAUGAUAUCGUUGUGUCUGGUGGCAUGGAAAGCAUGUCUAAUGUACCAAAAUACCUGCCUCAAGCAAGAAAGGGGUCCCGGCUUGGGCAUGAUACUGUAGUUGAUGGUAUGACGAAAGAUGGACUCUGGGAUGUGUAUAAUGAUUUCGGGAUGGGCGUCUGUGGAGAACUAUGUGCUGAUCAGUUUAAAAUCACAAGAGAAGAGCAGGAUUCUUAUGCUAUUCAAAGCUUUGAGCGAGGAAUUGCUGCACAGCGUAGUGGUGCGUUUGCAUGGGAAAUAGUUCCGGUAGAAAUUUCUGGUGGAAGAGGAAAACCAUCUAGGAUUGUUGAUAAAGAUGAAGGUUUGAUAAAGUUUGAUGCCUCCAGACUAAGAAAGCUUAGACCAAGUUUCAAGGAGAACGGAGGUUCUAUUACUGCAGGCAAUGCUUCCAUUAUUAG